UUUCGUAUAGACACGCGUUUUAUUAGCUUAGAGGACUUGCCAGCGGACGGAAAUGGCACGUAUAUUUACAACGGGCGAUACUCUCAAACUUACCUUUGGAGAUCAAAUCUAAAAUUUAGAAGAUGAAUAAGAAACGUAUAGAAAUUUCAAGACCGGCAGAGUAUCAUCUAUUUAGGGAAUAUAGAUACCAUAAAGAAUUCCCUGACUUCCACCAAACAAUUUAUUACGCAAGAGGUCAUACGGGUGAAAUUCUUAAUCACUCUGUACUUUUGCAGUAUCGUUUUACUGGCCCAGAACACAGUAUAAAAACUGUUCCGCAAGGGAACUCCAAAACGGCAUUUAAUUUUGGUGAGUUCAGCAUAACUCCGACCUCAUAUCGUAACAUUUUCCUUAAAAGUAGAAGAAGCAAUAAAUGCCCAGUGUUCGUCGGACCUAUUUUCAUCCACCACAGCAAGACCAAAGAUGUUUAUGCGCAGUUUUUUCCGAAAUUGAAAUGUCUUGCUCCCCAGCUCGAGCAGUUGUUAGUGUUUGGCGCCGAUGGAGAAAGUGCACUGUCCGAUGCUCUGUCUGAUAGUUUUCCUGGUGCCACACAUCUCCGUUGCUUUCUCCAUUUUCGUAAAAACAUCGAGACCAAGCUUGUAACUCACGGCGUGAAGGAUCACAAACAAUAUAUCGAAGAAAUUUUUGGAAAGCAAGAAGGAGCAACUUACGAGAUGGGUCUUCUGGAUACCACCAGUGAAGAUAUGUUCGAUGCUGUUCUGGCUUCACUGCAGGAACCGUGUGCUAGAAGGGAACAAAAAGAAUGUGGGACAUCGAGCUUCCAUAAUUGGAUGCUUCAUCGAGCCCAGAUGAUGGAGGAGUUCAUGAACGCAUCCGUCCGAACAAAGGCAGGUCUUGGUUACCCACCUGAUAAAUUCUACACAAACGAUUCUGAAAACACCAACCGUCUCUUGAGACACAAAAGAGGAGAAAGAGAAUUAGGUGAGACAGCUUUUGCCAAGGCUGUAAGAGAAUUAAUUGACGAUGAACAGGAAACUAAGUUUGUUCUAGCUGUUUUUAAUGGAUCUGAGCUUUACCAAAUAAAAGAGCCUUUUAAAAAGUUCCAAAUCUCGAGAGAUUAGUGGUUUGCUAUGAACGAGGAGCAACGGCAAGAGAAAGUAGAAAGCGUCUAUGCUUCCCAUGUAGAGGAAGACUUACAUAGCAUUAAUGAAAACCCAGGCGGGGCUCAAGCAUGUUUUGUCCGAUGCGAAAGAUGCAGUGACCAUCAAAAUAAACUUUCACUUACCACAAACGCAAUUAAAGGUGUACUUGAUGCCCAUAUUGCAGAGUAAAUGUGGAGGACAGCCGAACGUCUACUCUCGCAGCCUGACAAUGUUAUGCCAGCUCCGUCAGCUGA